CGAGAACGGCCAAUCGGACCAUUCCGGUUAGAAGCACGGAGUAGCUUUGGGUAAAUUCGGAACUUAUUAUUAUUAGAAGUCCGUCUCCGAGUACAUGCAGCGGGGUGGAUAUAAGGAAACGGGAGUAAUUUGUAUAGAUUCUGUUAGCUCCAGUUGAGAGUUCGACCGAACAAUCGCUCCGGAUUUAAGUUAGCCAACAAAGGCAAGUCCGUUUCCGCUUAAGGCCAUGUCUUCUUGUCAACACCGCCUCCGAAGGCCGGAAGCCUUUGCUCUAUUUCGUCUCAAGAUAUAAAUUCCACGACUGCGCGCGAAAAUUCGAAAGAAGAGUCAACAUACUUCUAUUCAUUCCUAAAGCCAGUUAAUAUCUUCAUUUAACUACGUGCCAUACGAAUAUUGUUAAAAGACUUGUCAUCAUGGUCCAAGUGGCAGGAAGAAAUGUUGGGCCGAUUGGCUUUGGGUUGAUGGGCAUGACUUGGCGCCCGGAAUCCCAACCAUUCGAGGAGUCCAUCAAAACAAUGCGUGCGGCCCUGGCACGCGGGGCAAAUCUCUGGAACGGAGGCGAGCUCUAUGGCACGCCUGAGCGGAACUCCCUCCACCUCCUCAACGCCUACUUCACGAAAUACCCGGAAGACGCCUCUAAGGUCGUCAUUGGCAUCAAGGGUGGACUUAAGCCUGGCCAGAUGGCCUUGGACGGAUCUCCCGCCAACGUAAGCCGAAGUAUUGAGGAGUGCCUGAAGGUAUUCGACGGCAAAUGCAAGUUGGAUAUCUUUGAGUGCGGGCGUGUUGACCCCAAUGUGCCGGUGGAGGUCUCGGUAGGGGAGAUCAAGAGGUAUAUCGACGCUGGGAAGGUUGGCGGGCUGAGCUUGAGUGAGGUGAGCGCGGAUACGAUACGCCGCGCCGCAAAGAUUUGCAAGAUCGAUUGUGUUGAGGUGGAGUUCAGCUUGUUCUCGCUGGAUAUCCUAUCAAAUGGAAUUGCCGAAACCUGCGCGGGGUUGGGAAUUCCGAUUGUGGCUUACUCACCUCUCAGCAGAGGCUUCUUGACGGGACAGCUAAAAACCUAUGAUGACGUUAAGCCCUUCCUCAGGGAGACCUUCCCUCGCUUCUCCGAGGAGAACUUCCCUGCCAACAUGAAGUUAGUGCGAGAGGUAGAAGAGAUUGCAAAGAGGAAAAACUGCGCGAUCAGCCAGGUCGCCAUCGGUUGGGUAUUAGCUCAGAGCGGACGGAAUGGUCUGCCCACCAUCAUCCCCAUCCCCGGUGCCACCACGGAGGCGAGGGUUGCGGAGAACACGACGGCCGUGACGUUGACGGAGGAAGACUUGGCCGCAAUCGACGAGCUUUUGAAGAACUUCGUUCCUGCAGGCGGCCGAUACGGUGGAUUUGGAGCGGCACUGAUGAAUGGCUAGACUUUGGGAACUCGAUGAGGCGGUAGCGGUUUACUAGAAUGUUCCGGUCAGCUGCGUCUUGGACAAUGUACGUUAUAUAGUUGUGCAAGACAUCUUGGAAGGAAGAUUCAGAUCAAGUGUAGAAAUUUGAGUCCGCAUUCGGUUCAACAAGUGAACCGUUGGUAUUGCAGAAUUCUUUGGUCAUCAUGGUAGGAUGGUGAUGUUAGGAAGUGCGAAUAUGCUUACCUUAAUCCAACGGCAACCAUCCAGAUCUGUCCAACGCAUUCAGUAAGAGCUUCACGAGUAAGCAUUAAAUGAUUCUAAUAUCUCGUACAUUAGAUCCGUUCCCUGCUGGUUAGUUUCGAAGGCUGGCACAUCCAUAGCAUCCAGAGUGUGGAAAAGAGACAACCAGUACAGGGAGAAGAAAAGUGUCUUCUCCCUUUAAACUCAAGGCAGAAUUUGGACUGAUAGUGACAUUCUUUCGGAAUCAAUAUCGGCUCUCAUGUUGAUGUUGU